CGGCGCGCUUCUAUUUCACACCCUUCCAUCGCUUGCAACUUCGACCUCUCCUCUUCUCGCUAUUUCCCUUGGUUGCUCUUGAUUUGUUUGCGCGUCCCUGUUGGCGAUACAGCUCUGCGAGCAUCACUUCCCCUUCACUGCGCUGCUUUCCGCCGUUGUCCCUGCUCCUUUGCGCUGCACCUCAAUCGAACCCACCCACCUCUCCUCUGACUUGUCGCGAUGGCGCGGAAGCAAGCCAACGGCCGAAAGAGCGCCGUGCCUGUUACCUCCUCCGAUCUCAAUAGCGCCAUCAAGCCCGCCCCCCAACCCGCCGAGCUGUCAGAAAGGGACCGUUUGGCGCUGAAGAGUUGGCUGGACACCAACGAUAAGCCCUUCACAAUCCAGGUUGCUUCCAAAUCCCUCAAGCGCAAGAGGGAUGCAGACAUGCAGCUGCAGACAGACUUGUUCGAAGACAGAUUGAACUUGAAAUACCAAGUCCGGCCGAGAGAUAAGUGGGAGUGUCUACGGCGCUACAAGAAAUUCACCGUGGGCUCUGAAAGCAUCGCAACCGGCCAAUGCAUCCUCGUUAAGCACGACGAGUCCGACGACGCGAAAAUCGAUGUGGCGGCGCAGUGGAAGGCCAAGGUGCUCGAGGUGCGCGCGCUCGACUCCGAACACGUCUACAUCCGAUUGGCAUGGCUCAACCGGCCCGAGGAUUUGGACGGUGGUCGGCAGCCCUACCACGGCAGGAACGAGCUCAUCCCCACCAACGAGAUGGACAUUAUCGAUGCCAUGACUGUCAAUGGGAGCUUGAAAGUGGAGCAUUGGAAUGAGGAGGAUGACGACGACGCGCCCAUCGACGACGACAUAUACUUUUGGCGCCAGACAUACGAUUCCGCCACGACGAGGAAGUUUUCCAAAAUCCGCAACAUCUGUAUCGAUAACAAGCCUCAGAAUCCCGACGAGAUGAUCUUGCAGUGUGGUAAUCCGGAGUGCAGGAAAUGGAUGCACGUCAAAUGCAUCGCCGAGACUGCGGUACACAAAGCAGCAGCAGCACCAGCGGACGAUGCGAACGAGUCCGUGGCGAGGAAAGCGCGGCCCAAGAAUGAAGGCAUCACCGCAAAAUCCGUCGUUUCGUCGAAGAUGGAAAACGAAGGCUUCACCGCAGAGGUACUCAUCAAAAGCUUGCCCAAUGGCGAAGGGCAAACGCCGGCCGCGGAGACGUCGGAGAUUGUCAUUACGACGCCUGAUGGCCAGAAUUACUCGGCCGCGGUGAAUUGCUUGCUUUGUGGCAAGGAGGUGGACUGAGAGCCUGGCCUGCAAGUCCGAAAGUCAAGACGAGGGCGCAGCUAGAACGCGCAAGGAGCCGUCGGAGCGGCGUUGACAUGGACCACGAUACCUCGAGAAGGGCGACAAGGUCAAGCUCCGAGUCCAGCGGCGAAGCAAUCACCACCAGCCUU